GUUUGGUAAACUUAUUCGGCGCUCGUUCUAACGAUGGAGGUUUUAGGUGAUAUUAGUAGCUUUUGUCGCUUUUGCCUGAGCCAGGAGUGCGAAUCCUUAAUGCCACUAUCCAGCGCCAUCGAAAGCCUCUCUUUUUCGUUGCAAGAUAUAGAGGAAACGACCGGUAUUUCGAUUCUGGAAUGCGAAACCAUAUGCCUUGCCGUCUGUUCAAAAUGCAGCAACCGCAUUGAACUCGCGGUGGAUUUUCGUCGUUCCUGCCUCAAUGGAAAUGUUCUGUUUUUGCAGCUUUUCGGUCAUACCAUCGACAAACUUCGCUCAUCCGAUAUUGCGGAAGAGAAUCUGGAGGACGCGACAUGCGUAAAGAACGACCCUCUGAAGAUCGAAAUAGUUAAACCAAACGAACUGGACAAUGAAAACACCUAUAAAUCACACGAUGAUCCGGUAUUACCUAUGGAAGAAUCUAUAGAACCGUUUGAUAAACGAACUAACGGACAGAAAGAAUGUGAAGAUGAAAACAGCAGCGCUGAAGAUAUUACAGAUGUCCUUACGAACAUCUUCACAUCAAAAGGGAAACCAAUGAAUUCGAAAAGAGCUGCCACUGCAUCGAAUCGAAGAAGGAUGAAAUCAAUAGAACGGAUUGGGGCCAGCAAAGAAGUUCAAGUUACUAGAUCCCGAAAAUACAGAAAACGAUUAUGCGGUAUUUGUGGUGCACAAGUAUACAAUAUGAUCGAUCACACACGAUCGCAUACCAAGGAAAACAUGCUGCAAUGCCCACACUGCCCCGUACAGAUGGUUAAUCGGACUAACCUGGUAAGACAUGUGCGUACGGUACACGAGAAAGUAGUCAUCAAAUCUUGUGAACCUUGUGGAAAAGGGUUCACCACAGACAACGCCUACAAAUCGCACAUGCGAACCCACCACAAUAUCGGUGAGCAGUAUCAGUGUGAAACCUGCCUUAAAAUAUUCAACCAUGCUUCCAGCCGCCUAGAGCAUAUCAAGCGAGUGCAUAUCGCCGAGUGGAAAUAUGAAUGCCAGAUUUGCCAAAAGAAGUUCAAAGAUCGGAAAACGCUUAAAGAACAUGGAAAGGUACACUCUACCAACACUCCCUACGCUUGUAGCCAGUGUCCAAAGCGAUUCAAGUCUCUUGGCGCGAAAAAAACACAUGAAAUAUCACACAGCGGAAUCCAAUUCCCUUGUACAAUCUGCACCAAGGUGUACCGGUACAAGAGCCUACUUAACAUGCAUUACCGGAAAUGCCACCCAGUGGAGGAUGGCGAAUAAAUCUAGCACAGAGCCCCAAAAUGGUGAGCGCCGAUAUUGUGACGAAUGACAAAAUUACCUCAAUACACAAGAUCAAGGUCCCAGAGACUCAAUGUCCACGUUCCACAUCGAUCAUAAUCGAUAGGGCAGUGAAGCUGCUAAACUCUUCUGGAUCUCCAAUAUAUAAAAAUCAUCUUAAAUACCACUGGAUCCUGCAAGCUCUUGUGUAUUUUGUGAGGAAGCUAUUCUCCUUGUCUAGAACAUUUCGCGGGCAUCGUUGAUUUUGAAUUACCUUUCGACCAACUCCCUUUCCUGCGUGGGUCUGAAAUAAAUCGAUGAAUCGUA